GCGGGGCCUGAGCUCAUGAGCCCAGCUGCUGGGACGUCAUCCUCCCACAGCUGCUUGGAAGUGAACAGCCAUGACGACGCCGUCCGACACCGUCGUCUUGCACGCCCCCGACUUGCAUAACCCUCCCAUCGACUUGGACCUGGAUAAGUUCAUGGGCACAUGGCAUGUCACUUAUUCCACAUUGCCGCUCUGGAAGUCUAAGAAGGACGUCACCAUCACGUACGCGCUGAAGAAGUCGUCCGGCAGCGAUGCAACGGUGCAGUUCGACGACACCGUCGAGUACCGCGGCGCCUCCGACCCCGCGACCUCCACCCGCAGCCGCGUCACCGGCGUCGACACACUCGUCACCCCGGAGUCUCAGUCCCCCACCGCCGCGAACUUGGACGCACGGCCCCCCGCGCCGACGCGCUACAAGUGGCGCGGCAAGGGCUGGCUCGCGGUCGCGACGUCGCGCUGGCAGGUGCUGGGCUGCAGCGCGGACACGUCGCCCGAGAACGCGCACGCGUGGGCGGUGACCUACUUCGAGAAGACGCUCUUCACGCCGCAGGGGCUCGACAUCUACGCGCGCACGCCGGCGGGGCUCCCGCCUGCGCUCGUCGUGCAGAUCGUCGCGCAGGCGAAGGCGCUAGGCGGGGACGUCGCCGCGCUCGCGGACGCGUUCUUCGAGGUCGGCCGCAGCGGGGUCGAGCCGCCGGACAUGACAGUAACUCCAUAGUGGUCGCGUUGACCACGGACCCGGUCCGUCGCGUUGGGUGCCACAAGAUCGACGACCCUACUCACGUCGCCCGGAUCCCCACUUACCUGAUCCUAUACAUACGCGCCUGGACCUGCGCCUUACCCAUGUUGUCGGGUUUCUUGGACAGCCCAAUGAGUAACGGCGUAGUCAUCUGUAGUCAUGCACGGGAUUGUUUCUUAGAUGGGGCGUGUAGCGCUGCAUAACGACGAC